AGGAGUGGCCGGGGGGGGCUGAGCCACUCGGGAAUGCAGGUAAUCUAUAAAGAGGACUCCACUCUCUCCAGUUUCAGUAGCUGUCCGCAUCAUGACAAUGACGAGUAAACUUCUCCUAUUGUGGAUCUGUACACUGGCUGCCUCACUCGAUCCCUCAGCGGGCCUUCAUCCUGACCUGGAUGGACAGGAAUAUGAGGUGGUGAGACCGGUCAGAUUGCACACUCUGCAUAAGAGAGACACAGAGUCCAUCCGUCCUGAAGUGCUGAAGUACAGAAUGAAAGUGGAUGGGAAGGACAUUGAGAUGCAGCUACAGAAGAACACCGCCUUACUAACCAAAGACUACAGUGAGACACACUACACCGAGGAUGGGACACAGGUCACCUCCACACCCCAGGACCUGGACCACUGCUACUACCACGGCAGGAUCGUGAAUGACGACGAGUCCAUGGUCAGCAUGAGCACCUGUGAUGGGCUAAGGGGUUAUUUCAAGACGGCUGAGCAAAGGUAUCUGAUCGAACCACUGUCCGCGGAUGAUACUGGGGACCACGCUGUGCUCAAGUAUGAGACCCUGAACACAGACCCACCUGUAUGUGGAGUCACCAACACCAGCUGGGACCCUGACUACCCCCCCUCCACCAGCAAAAUGCGCUCCCGAGCCUCUGGUCCUUCUCUCUUCCAGCAGCAGAAAUAUGUUGAGCUGUAUGUUGUUGGAGACAACCGACUGUACAAGAAAAUGAAGAAUGACUAUGAAGAGGUCAGGAAGAAGAUAUUUGAAGUUGUCAACUUUGUCAACAUGGUCUACAAGCCUCUGAACACAUUUAUUGCCAUCACUGGAAUGGAGGUAUGGACAGACAAUGACAAGAUCUCAGUGACACCCCCUGCUGGAGCCACUCUGGAUGCCUUCACCAGCUGGAGGAACAACAUGCUGAAAAACAAGCCACAUGAUAAUGCCCAACUGAUAACUGACAUUGACUUUGAAGGAUCAACAGUGGGGCUUGCCUUCAUAGGAACCCUGUGUUCAGGUCACUCCACUGGGGUGAUUCAGAAUCACAACACCCGGGCCAUCGCUGUAGGGGCGACAUUAGCACAUGAAAUGGGGCACAACCUGGGCAUGAGCCACGACACCAGCUCCUGCACCUGUACUGGUAACAGCUGUAUCAUGGCCCCUGCCCUGAGCUACGACACUCCAAGGCAAUUCAGCAGCUGCAGUGAUGCAAACUAUGAGCAGUUCCUGACAUCACGCAACCCCCAGUGCCUUUUCAACAAGCCUGACUUCAUGCAAGUCCUGUCCCCCCCGGUGUGUGGCAAUGGCUUUCUGGAAAGGGGGGAGCAGUGUGACUGUGGAACUGUGGAGGAGUGUAAAAACCCAUGUUGCAAUGCCACUACCUGUACACUGACCAAAGGCUCAGAGUGUGCCACUGGAGAAUGCUGUGAUAACUGUAAGUUUGCGCCAUCCACAACCAUGUGCAGACGGCAGCAGGACGAUUGCGAUUUGGCGGAGUACUGCAAGGGGACGGAUGCCACAUGCCCUGAAGAUGUCUUCGCUGUGAACGGGAAACCCUGCCAAAACGGCCAGGGGUACUGCAUCAAUGGACACUGCCCUCGGCGGGAGGAUCAAUGCAUCAAGAUGUGGGGAGACACGGCUGAAGUGGCAGGUCAAUUUUGCUAUAACCAAAACACCAGAGGAGCGUACUUCGCUUACUGCAAGCGGCAAUCAGCUGUACAGUACAUCGGAUGCCAGCAGCAGGACAUAAUGUGUGGAAAGCUGUUUUGCAUAAAAGGUAACGACAACCCCAACUAUGGCCGUUCUGUGACAAUUGACCAAUGCAAAGCUACUUUCUACGGUGACCCAGAUAUGGACUUUGGCCAGGUGGAAGCAGGAACAAAGUGUGGCGAUGAACAGGUCUGCCAUAAUUAUGAGUGUGUGGAUCUGGAGACAGCCUACAGAUCGACCAACUGCUCAGCACGGUGCAGAGGCCAUGCGGUUUGCAAUCACAAACUGGAGUGUCAGUGUUUGCCAGGGUGGUUACCCCCGAACUGUGAAACAAAGGAUCAGAACGUCCCAGGAGGACUGUCCCCAGGAGCAAUUGUCGGCAUUGCAGUGGCAGUCGGCCUUCUGAUUUUGAUUAUUGUUGCUGUCAUUGGUGCUACUCUUGUCAAGCGCAGACGGAAACAGUUCCCCUCUCACAGGUACAGACCCCCCACUCACAAGAGCAGCCCGGGUGUGAGCAGCCCAGGUGUGAACAACCCAGCCUUCUCCCACCAAAUGGUGCAGGCACCACACCAAGAAAACAUCAAGCCCAUGCGUCCGAAAGGACCUCCUCCCCCACCUCCACUAGUCCAGUCCCGUCCGCCACCCUAUAACCUCGCUGCUGCACGUCAGGCUUUGAGACCACCACCCCCCCGGGUUUGACACCUCCCACCACACAGUGGGGUGGGCGUGGCAAGUAGAAGAACUUUCACAUCUAUUCCAGGCCAAACAACGGGAGGAGGGUGGACUACAGGCAGAUUGCACUGCCGUCAAAGCUCCUUUGGGAUCAUUACGAACUUAGCUGCCAAAUCAUUUGCUGGGUUUUGCCCGUUUCUCUGUCAGCCCAUGAAGUUCUGCAAGGAUACUGCUGAGGCCCAUGGCAAGCCCAUGCAGAGCUGGCCAUGGAGCAGAAUCUGGUACAAGUGUGG